AUGCGUAUCCUCGCGCUUCUCCCACUCGUCCUCGGACUCUUGUCCGGUCAUUUCGUCUCUGCAACAGACAAUGGCAAGACUACCGACGUGACCUGGGAUAAAUACAGUCUCUCCAUCAAGGGAGAAAGGGUGUUUGUCUUCUCCGGUGAAUUUCAUUACCAGCGACUCCCCGUGCCGGAGCUAUGGCUCGAUGUGUUUCAGAAGCUACGCUCGAACGGGUUUAAUGCGGUAUCAAUCUACUUCUUCUGGUCUUUCCACUCUGCUUCAAAGGAUACCUUUGACUUUGAAAACGGCGCUCAUGACAUCCAGCGCGUCUUCGACUACGCCAAACAGGCAGGUCUGUAUGUUAUUGCAAGAGCCGGUCCUUAUGUCAAUGCCGAGACUUCUGCUGGUGGUUUCGCGCUGUGGGCUUCUAAUGGCCAGAUGGGUAAUGCGCGCACCAGUGCCACGGCUUACUACAAUCUAUGGUAUCCCUGGAUCCAGGAGGUCGGCAAGAUCAUCGCGGCAAACCAGAUCACAAAUGGUGGCCCGGUUAUUCUCAAUCAACAUGAGAAUGAGUUGCAAGAGACCACCCAUAGUGCCGACAAUACCCUUGUCAAGUACAUGGAGCAAAUUGCAGCUGCAUUUGAUGAGGCUGGCAUUGUCGUCCCCAGCUCACAUAAUGAGAAAGGAAUGCGCUCUAUGAGUUGGUCUACUGAUUACCAGAAUGUCGGCGGUGCUGUCAAUGUCUACGGUCUGGAUUCUUAUCCCGGUGGCUUGUCUUGCACCAAUCCAAACACGGGGUUCAAUCUCGUUCGUACUUACGCUCAAUGGUUUUCCAAUUACAGCUAUACUCAACCUAGCUAUCUACCCGAGUUUGAAGGUGGCUGGUUUUCGGCCUGGGGCUCCGGGUCUUUCUAUGAUACAUGUGCCACGGAGCUUUCGCCCGAGUUUGCGGAUGUUUACUACAAAAACAACGUCGGUUCCAGGGUUACCUUGCAGAACCUAUACAUGGUCUUUGGUGGCACUAGCUGGGGUCACAGCGCUGCUCCUGUUGUCUAUACAUCAUAUGACUAUUCUGCUCCUUUGCGAGAGACUCGUGAGAUUCGUGACAAGCUCAAGCAGACGAAGUUGUUGGGCCUGUUCACCCGUGUCUCUUCUGGUCUUCUUCAGACCCAGAUGGAAGGAAAUGGAACGGGAUAUACCAGUGAUGCAAGUAUUUAUACUUGGGCCUUGCGGAACCCGGAAACCGAGGCUGGCUUCUAUGUUCUGGCACAUGCAACCAGCUCGUCCCGUGCAGUGACUACCUUUUCGUUGAAUGUCAACACCUCGGCCGGGGCUAUCACUAUUCCAGAUAUUGAACUGGCUGGCCGUCAAAGUAAAAUCAUAGUCACUGACUACCAGAUUGGCAAUGCCUCGAGUCUUCUCUACUCCUCAGCCGAGGUUUUGACGUACGCCACUCUCGACGUGGAUGUCAUUGUCUUCUACCUAAACAUCGGACAAAAAGGAAUCUUUAUUUUCAAAGAUACCCAGGCCCUCACUUUCCAAACAUAUGGCAAUUCAAACGUGAGCUCUAGCGCAUCAGACCACGGGACCCAGUACUCCUAUACUCAAGGAGAUGGCGCUACCGUGCUCAAAUUCUCGAAUGGGGUGCUAGUCUAUCUUCUUGACAAGGAGACAGCAUGGAACUUCUUCGCCGUUCCCACUACUUCCAAUCCAUUGGUAUCUCCCAGUGAGCAGAUUCUCGCUCUUGGGCCAUAUCUGGUUCGCACAGCCUCUGUUAAUGGAAACACCGUCAGCCUUGUGGGUGAUAAUGCAAACAAAACAUCUAUCGAGGUGUACACCGGGAAUUCAAAGGUUACCAAGAUCAAGUGGAAUGGCAAGGCAAUAUCGACAAAAAAGACAAAGUAUGGUAGUUUGAUCGGUUCGGCUCCAGGAGCUGAAAAUGCCAAAAUCUCAUUGCCAACCUUGAACUCUUGGAAAGCGCAAGACACCCUUCCAGAAAUCAAGGCAGACUAUGAUGACUCUCGCUGGACAGUAUGCAACAAGACAAGCUCAGUCAACUCCGUGGCCCCUCUCACGCUCCCUGUGCUUUACUCUGGGGAUUAUGGCUAUCACACUGGAACAAAGAUCUACCGCGGUAGAUUCGAUGGCACCACCGCAACAGGCGCCAACAUCACGGUCCAAAACGGUGUUGCUGCUGGUUGGGCCGCCUGGCUGAAUGGAGCCUACGUCGGAGGAGCUGUUGGUGAUCCUGCUCUCGCAGCUACAUCGGACGAGCUCGAUUUUAGCAAAUCUACUCUUCGUGAAACCGACAACGUCUUGACCGUCAUCACAGACUAUACUGGACAUGACGAAGCCAACGUGAAGCCCAAUGGUGCACAAAACCCUCGUGGCAUCCUGGGUGCCACUCUCGCUGGCUCAAACUUCACUUCCUGGCGCAUCCAAGGCAAUGCAGGAGGUGAAGCCAAUAUUGAUCCUGUUCGAGGACCCAUGAACGAAGGAGGUCUCUAUGGAGAGCGCAUGGGCUGGCAUCUUCCAGGAUACAAGGCUCCCAAAGCUGCAACAUCGUCCAGUCCCCUAGACGGAGUGUCGGGAGCAGAAGGCCAAUUCUAUACAACGACCUUCAAGCUGAACCUUGACUCCGACCUGGAUGUUCCGAUUGGUCUGCAGCUAGGUGCAUCCGAUACACCUGCUGUGGUCCAGAUCUUCAUGAAUGGAUACCAGUUCGGUCAUUAUAUGCCGCACAUUGGUCCACAGACAAGGUUCCCAUUCCCGCCAGGGGUGAUCAACAAUCGUGGUGAGAACACAUUGGCAAUCAGCCUGUGGGCGCUGACCGAUCAAGGCGCGAAACUGAGUCAGGUGGAGCUGGUUGCAUAUGGUGCUUAUCAGACUGGCUUCAACUUCAAUCACGAUUGGUCGUACUUGCAGCCACAAUGGAAGAGCAGAGCUGCAUAUGUGUAG